AUGGUGUUGAUAGAUCUAGCGGGACUAGUUAUCCUGCUUUUAAGCGUCCACGUCGCGCGGUCAGAUCAAUCGGUGGAAGACUACACAGGCCCAUGCCUCGGUGGCUAUACGACGUACAGUAGAACGGAAUGCGCCGACUCCUACCAGGAACUUAGACGGGAAAAUGCAUAUACCGGAUUGAGUAUGCAGCAGUAUACCUGGCAAUGUGAUCAUAUGUACCAAUGGUUGUCAAGCGCGGCAAACAAGACAGGGCGUGGAUCAAAAUUUACAGAAAACCAGAAGAAUUGGUUAAAAGGACUUAUAGAAGAAGUGAUUAGAGCAAUCCGCCCACCGACGAAACGCAGCAGUCCUGUGUUACCCCAUAGAAAGGAAUAUCGUGUAGCAACAGACGCUGAACGAAACGCUUUCCACCAAGCCAUCAACUUGUUAAAGGCUAGUGGCGAUUACGACACCCUUGUUUCAUUUCACCAUGGAUCUGUGGCAUUGGGAGCACACGGUGGAGCAGCUUUUCUACCAUGGCAUAGGAUCUAUUUGCUAAUGUAUGAAAUUGCAUUAAGACAAAAGAAGCCAGGUGUUUCCUUACUCUAUUGGGACUCAACCAUUGAACAAGGUAUACCCAUGCCUCACUUGUCUAGUCUCUGGAGUCCUGCUUUUGUGGGAAAUGGAGAUGGUGACGUUACAGAAGGACCAUUUGCUAACUGGAUGGCCACUGAUGGAACAAAGCUUAGACGUGUUGUUCAACACUACCCAAAUCAACUAACUACGCCAGCUGAUAUCAUGACUGUAUUGUCCAAGAGCAGAUAUGAUGAGAUAGCAUGCGGUUCAACCGCUUGCAGACUGUUGGAAAAUAUUCAUGGGAAAGCCCAUUCGUAUGUAGGUGGACAUCUUGGGGACAUUCAUCACUCACCUAAUGAUCCCCUUUUCUUCAUGCACCAUGCGUUUAUUGAUUGCAUAUGGGAAGAGUUUAGAGAAAACAGCCAAGUGACACCUCUUGCCACAGAGUACCCAAGUAACUUUGGACAACCACCGCAUCAUCCCCAAGCAUAUAUGCAGCCAUUCAGUAACUGGGUCUCGCCAAUACGCAACAUUGAAGGACUGAGUACACUUAUUACGUCAAAUAAUUAUAAAUGUGAUAAGCGCCCAACGUGUCCAAACUGCGGCAAAUCUGCACAUUUAUAUUGUGAUAAAUCAGACAACCGAUGUAAGCCAUUUAUAAAGUCAGGUGACUGCGGAGAGGGUACUGUAUUCAUCCCAGCAGUGAUCUACUGUGACCAGGCUGUAUAUGGGAACCCAGAUUAUGGCGUAAACGGAGUCUAUCUUGAAACAUAUGGUGUCAGCUACAAAGGUCGGGAUCAGGCUUACUACUUUGGUGACUACUACAGUCACUAUAACACCCAAAGAUCUUCCAACCCUAGAAACUACCGACCAACGUAUGCUGGUUACUUUCCAACUCGUCGCCCAAAAGCAAGAGGACGUGAACGAUAUCAACCUUCCGCUUACACAGCAAAUGGACGUCGGUGUACGAUUGAAUGUUUCCAAGGAUACAAGGGAGGACAACCCACAUACGGUCAAUGUCCUACUGCAAUUUACAAUGUUUAUCAAGCCCCUUAUGUUGACGAUGCAGAUAGUAUCUAUACAAGACCGGAGCAAUCGUACAGAGCGCCCACACGCCCACGUCUACCUGAGUUAUACAAGGUUACAUGUCCAUGCGAGUACCAACGAUAUACAUACUGCCCAACUUAUAUACCACCUGGUAAAGGUUGUCGAUGGACCAACUGGAGUCCAUGGAGAGAAACUAGGUGCUCAGUAACUUGCGGAGCUGGUAUAAAGGGUAGAUUACGCACUAGGAGUAAACAAUAUAUCAGUGGAUACACAGGCAGCUGUGUAGGCCCCUCACAAGAGACUUCUACUGCAGGAUGUGACAAUCCACCAUGCUUUCGAGGUUGUAGGUGGAAAUCAUGGGACCAGUGGAAAUUCACCAAAUGUUCUGUAUCAUGCGGUGUUGGAAUAAGGAGUAGAUCUCGCACAAGGGGUAAAGAGUAUAGUUUUAGAUAUACAGGCACGUGUACGGGCAACUCAAGAGAAGCUUACACCGAAAGAUGCGUGAACCCACCGUGCAAGCCAGGUUGUAAGUGGGACCCUUGGGAUCAGUGGACGUACACUCAGUGUUCUGUAUCGUGUGGUGUCGGAGUCCGAAGUAGAUCUCACACUAGGAAUAAAAGGUUUAGCUAUGGAUAUACAGGAAAUUGCACAGGAAACUCACAAGAAAUGUUUACUGAAAAAUGCGAAAAUCCACCAUGUCCACCAGGCUGCAAAUGGAGAAGUUGGAGUCCGUGGAUAUUGACCAAAUGCUCUGUUUCAUGUGGCUCUGGUAAAAGACGUCGAACACGCACUAGGUCUAAACAAUUUAUCAUUGGAUAUACAGGAAGCUGUACAGGCAACUCACAGGAGAGUUUCACUCUGAGCUGCGACAACCCACCCUGCCAGAAAGGUUGUAGAUGGAGUUCAUGGAGUCCUUGGAGGUCUGGGAAAUGUUCUGUGACAUGUGGCUCUGGUACAAAGAGUAGAUCAAGGACAAGGACUAAACAAUUUAUCAAUGGGUAUAGAGGAACCUGUACAGGCAAUUCAAAACAAAGUUCCACUGAACGAUGUGUCAAAUCACCUUGCGAAGAUGAAUGUGAUGAUGUGUUAUGUCCGAUGGUGCGUUGUAGUUAUGGUUUUGUGACCAAAGACUGUUGUCAAGUCUGUGAACCAAAUCCUUGCGAAAACAUACGUUGCCAAACCUGCCUCUUUGGUGUAAUAAGCAGAGAUAUUUUGCCGGGAGAAUGUUGCCCACGGUGUAAAAAGUCGCCCUUUUCGUUUUCCUAG